AAAGUUAACACAACACAUUUUAAUAACUUCUACACAAAACCCAAAAUGUUUCACAGUCUAUGGUUAAUUAGAAUAAAAUUUAUCGUUUUAAUUUAGAUUCUGCAUCAUAGCGGAAUUAAAUAAUUUAAAUGAUUUUACUGUGGAUUAUAUGCACAUUACAGUUCUAUGUGACAUGUCAUUACCCAAUCCACACUGACUUUGAAAAACUGGGCGAAAUAAAUAUAAACAAUAAAACACACAAAGUAUUACGGCCAAGGAUCCACAUAAUAAAACAUGAAACAAAACUUCUGGGUAGAAGAGAUAGGAAAACAUCUCCAAAACUUUAUCACCGUUGGAUAAGCUCUAAAAAAAGUAAUUCAAAUAUUCAUUCAAUACGAAGAAAUGAGUCUUCCAGACUAAAAGCAAUUCGUUUAAGACAGUCCGAAUUAAGAAAAAAAUAUAGUUCCAUAUACGGCACACAUGCACUAGUUCCAUAUUUGGCACAUAAUUUGCGGAAAAACUCAAAAACAGAAACUGCCAAAGAGAAAGGCACAGAAGGAAUAAUAGUGUUCAGUAUGUACUGUCCAUUUUUGGGACAGCUUCAGUUUGUUAGAAGGUACAACACUGUUUCGUAUGAGCCUAUGGAAUGGUGGCCAACACCUAAACCUCCUCCAACGACUAAACCCACGUCGACAACGACUAAACCCACGUCGACAACGACUAAACCCACGUCGACAACGAAUAAACCCACGUCGACAACGAAUAAACCCACGUCGACAACGACUAAACCCACGUCGAAAACGACUAAACCGACAACGACUAAAACCGCGAAAAAGGCUGGAUAAAGCAUUUCAAACAAUAAAAAAUCUAUAUCACGAAUAAUACAAUAGUUAUUUGUUUUACAAGGGGGCAAAGUUUAGCAAGGGGUUGAAAGAAAACGAAUUGUGAAAUUGUAGUGAAAGGUCGAUAGUCCCUUUGCCCACAUCACAAUUGAAUCCAUAUCCCACAGUCGACUUCUACGACACCCACAGUACGGGGAUGAAAUUGUAUACCUGUUACACAGGGAACCAAGGGUGAAUUAAUAAUUGAAAUACUACUUUCGUAUUUAUUAUUAAACUGGCUUUUGCCCGCGGCUUCGCUCGCGUCAGAAAGAAACAAAAAGUAGCCUAUGUCACUCUCCAUCCCUUCAACUAUCUCCCUUUAAAAAAUCACGUCAAAUCGUCGCUCCGUUUAGCCGUGAAAGACGGACAAACAAACAGACACACACUUUCCCAUUUGUAAUAUCAGUAUGGAUAUUAGUACUUAAUAGUAAGGGGAGGCUUUUCUCCAACAGUGGG